AUGAACGCCAGCAGCGCGAUACCGGCUGCAGGCCGCGCACCGAUCGGAUGCAUCGGGCGAGCGGGUCGAGCGCGCGCCUCGCCGGACGCGAUGACGGCAGGCGCUGGUGUGCGCAGCCCAGCGCGGAACGCCGACGCGAACAGCACCUAUGCGUUAUGCCUUCGACUGGAGCAAACACCGCAAAUUGCCGCCUUCAUGAAGAAGCUUCUGUGGAGUGGGCGAUCGAAUGCUUCCAGUUUUCCACAGAGUUUAGCAGAGUCCUUUCUAUCGACGAUAGGUAUUCAUCGCUCAAAGGCUGGUGCUUCACGAGUGCACACGGGAACGGGCAGUACGAGUGCGUACCUCGUGGACGCUAGCCGAGCCCGGGUGUACUGCGGCUGCUACGAUGCGCUCUCGCCAGAGUCAUUUUUUCAUCUCGCGGGAAAACUCAACGGGAAACUUGAGCGCGACGAAGCGCAGAAUGGUCAAGUGAACUGGUUAUACCUGGAUGCGACGCCGACGGGCUUCCUCACACAGCACGCUGGAACUGCCUUCUUCCCCAGUGCUGGCGAUGCCGGUAGUUUGGGCUCCGCAACGACAACUGUGAUCCCGCUUGCACCAUUUCGUAACUUGAUUGUCCCCGGAAUCGACCAAAUGGUGGAACUGUGCGAGUUGGUGUACAAGUGGAUUCUCGGCGGACACGCUGCUGGCGAGUGCUCGUGCGUCUGUGUUCUCACCACGUCGGGCAGAGCGCACCGGGGCGUGCUGGCUAGGCCACACACCGUGGCGACACUGUUUGUUGCGUGUUAUUUGCUUUUUAUUGGACUGUUCGAUAGUGGGCUCGAUGCUAUCGAAUACACGGUGCGCCGACAGCUCAAGGGUCUCCGUCGCCACCGGCGAAAGACCCGUGCACGUGCCCUGCCGCGCCGCGAGGACCUCGUCACUGCUGCUGUUUGUGAAUACGCUGCGCUCUUCGGUUACCUCAUUCAAAUGUCAACGAUCCUUCCGCAACACCUGCAGCAACUGAACCCUUCUGAACUACCGAACCGCGCACCGGUGCUGCUCCGGAGGGCCAUCGUCAAUGGCGAGGUGCUCCUCGGAGACAAACCCGCUCACUUGACGUUACGAAUCCGCAACCAGGUGGGAGAUGGCGACGAAGUGCUACUCGAUGAGCGCUUCGAAAACGAGUGUGCCCCCGGUGAUGGUAUCAUGAGUUAUCGCCUGCGGGCUGUAGUCGUAGGCGACGUGGCGAUUCUGCUGGAGCUCAACGGCUGCCUAGCGCUGCUGGCAGUCGUGCGCCAUACGAGCACGCUGCGCGCCCCGGUUUGUCGCAUUCGACGAGAAGAUAUGGAUAUAUGCAAUGGGUACGAGCAGCUUCCACUCCAUGUUGCGUCGGACUUUGCGAUGGACCUGUAUAUCGAAGAAAUGACGAGCGAAAGCUGUGCAGAUGAGCCGAUUGCCGUCACGGAGUUGGAGCAAGCGCAGCAUGUCGCCGAAAGCGAAAUCGCUGCCCUGGAAACAGCGUUUUCUCGAGCGCCCCUACUGGAUCCCAAGUACAUUGCUCGGAAUCGAACGAUGCAGGGGUCGCUCUCCCAUCGCCGAGGACGUGGUGCGGGUGCCUGGCGAGCACGUCCGCAUGUCCCAUCUCCGUUUCUCUCCGAGUUACGCGAUGAACAGAGCCGACGCAAGCUCGCGACCGGUGGCGAGGGUACGAUCUCGCUCCACGCAUUGCUCCAGGAGAGCGUUGCGGAGCGUGAGCCUGUGGGUGCUCCGGCAACGCAUUCGACUCUGGACGCUGGACUCGAUGGAAUCGUUGCGAGAAGGCACGUGAGUACGAGCGAUGACUUGGACCAGGCUGCAGAUCAAGACUGGAAACAGAGGUGUUUGGAGGCGGAUUCGGCAUCGAUGGUUGAAUCAACCAACGAGGAAGCGAGCGAUGCAUCGUCUGGCACAGGGGUGUUGACGUCCUCGUCUCGUUCUUCGUCGUCUACAGACUCGUCUUCCACCUACUGGGCGAAGCGAGCGGCGCAACGGAGUGCUCGUCGACGACGACUUGAUAGACGUCGACAGCAGCUGCUGGAAUCCGAGACGCAGUGGGAAACGUCUCCAAGGAGGAUGGCGCACGAUAUGCAGAUCGACGAAGACGCUGUUGCCGCGUUCUUGUUGGGAGAAGAAAGCCAACGACUUUCGCCCGCUCAGCGCAGUCUACUGGUCCAGACGGCACGUGAAACGUUGCAGAAACGUCGCGAGUUGCUGUUACAGAGUACAGAGCGUUCUAUGGGUGCAUCUCGGGAUCAGAAUCACCGCGAACUCCUCGGCGAUACGCAGAGUGAGCACUGCUCUAGCUUCGUGACGAGCGUCAGCUUCAUUGAUGAACAUGCGGUGAGCAACACGGACUUGGAGACUGCGCACACACCGCCACGAGCAUGGCAUCAGACAGCGCAGGAGGCUGGUGCUGCUGCUGCUGCUGCUGCACACGGACCCGCGAGUUAUCAGGCGUCAGCAACUGUUCACGUGUCAGAUGCUGCGCUUGAAGGAGCACAGGAGAGCAGCUUGUCGAUAGCCGGCGCCACGGAGGAGAGCUUCGCUUUUUCGAAGACUCGCUGGAUCGCAGGCGGGGAUGGUGCUCUGCUUCGAAGCAGCGAAACAACUGCGGACGCAUAUUCACUGAGCAGAGGCCCAUGUGCCACUGAGGAACCGAGUGCCAUGCGAGCUUUUCAAGUCGCAGGUGCAGGCGCUGAGGCAUUCGGAAAGUGCGCGACCGACGCAGAUGCACAGACCGCACCCGGAGUCGUUGCUUCGAUGUCAUCGGACCGCAAGGAUUGGAAAGAUCGUGGCAGUCCAAGGGCUCCGGUUUCGACGCGGUCGAGUCCACGAGUGAUCUUGCCGGUGCACAUAGGGGCGUCCGAGAGUUCACCGCCAUUCGAACUCCAGGACGAGCGAGAUCGACUGCAGGUACAAGCACCAACCGCGCCGCCGCCGCCACCACCACCACCGCCGCCACCACCACCACCACUUCUUGACACAGCCGCGUUUGAUGUAUGCCCGCGAGAUACAGAGUCAUACAGUCGUGAUCAUGGUGACCGUCAAGGUCUUGCAAACGAAGCGAACGGAAUGGGUGUACCACCGCCACCACCGCCACCAUUGCCGGCAACUGUACCUAUGGCCAACGGUGCUCACAUGGGAGGUAUUCUGGGAGCGGCGCGUUUUGCACGCAAGCCGCGACGAAACGUCAAGCAGCUUCACUGGAACACAAUACCACCACAUCAGGUUCCCCAAACGAUAUUCUCUCGGGGGUUGCAUCGAAUGCUUGAUACAGACUUGGAAAACUCAUCCUCUGAAAUUGAUCAAAUGUUCAUGAAUCGACCAACAAUCGAACAACGCCGCAUGGACAGCCAACGAACCGCAUUCGACCUUGAUGAGACUGCGGACCAGAAGGCGAAUGCACAUCGCACGCAACUCCACUUUCUUGAGAGCAAACGAGCCACCAAUUUUGAAAUCAUGUUGAGCAAAUUUAGUGUAGAUGUCGGAGCGAUCGCGAACGCAGUCAUCGCACUGGACGCAGCGGAGAAGCCGGUACUCACGACAGAGAACCUGCUCGCUCUGAGAAUGAAUAUGCCUAAGCAGGAAGAACUAGAAGUAGCCCUUCAUUGGGCGAAGCAAGCGCAGCCCAAAGCAUUGGCGCCGCAGAAUCACCCAGAAACGGCGAGCAUGGACCCCGGAAGUCACGCAGACCCGCGUCUGGACGCAAAGUCAGACGUUGAGGAGCUCCUGAAAAGCCGUGCCGAGCGACUGGUCUACAGAAUGGCCACCAGUCUCGAGGUGCUCGCACCUGAUUCUGCAGAACAGGCAACACUCCAUCAACGCUUGCGCGCAAAGCUCGACGCUGCGAUCGCGAUACGUCAACUGGGUCACCAGGUGGAGGAGGUUCAGCACCUCAUCGAGGUUGUGCUCACUGCUUGUCGCCAGGUUUUUGAAAGCGACCGCCUGGCAUCGGUGUUGAGCGCGAUUCUGGCCAUUGGAAACUAUCUGAAUCAGGGCACAAAUCGUGGCAAUGCCCUGGGUUUCCGCCUCUCCAGCGUAUUGAAACUAAGUGAGACUCGAGCUACUUUAGAUCGCCGCACAACCCUGCUUCACUAUUUGGUCAAGUUCGUGUCGCGUCGAAUGCCAGACGCGGCGCUCUUUACCAGUGACCUCUCGGCGGUAGCUGCGGCAGCUCGCGUCGACCUCGGGGAACUCGACGCUGAGAUACGUGCCCUGCGCCUCGCGCUUGCCCUGGUGCGGAAGGAAUCGCAAGACCAUCCAUCGGAUGCUGUGAACGGCUUUCUACAACGAGAGACGCCCAAGGUCGAACAAGUUGAGCAGGCGUACGCCCGAAUGCGUCGACAGCUGGAGCGAACGACGACGUAUCUGGGGGGCCACCCCACGAGCGUACCGGCACCGGCGCUGCAUACCGGCUCUGUGGCGUCGCUCGCCGAAGAACACGACAUUCCCGAAACGCUGUUCUUCACGCUCCAUCGCUUUAUGGACAUGUUCGAUCGAUGCCGAGCAGAGCUGCAGCGACUCGAAGCGACCAUGCAGCAACACGCGAAACGCUUUGCGCGAUCGUAUGUAACGCAGGUGAUUCAACAGGCGAUCGGGCGAGCUACACAAGGAAGCAGUCUUCUGGCGACACAGUCGAGUCCGAGGCGUAUCGCGCCGCAUGAGCGAAAGGAGCGCGUCUAUGCGCACCAGCCGGAAGAAGCAGGCAAGUCGGGGGUUGCAUCCCUGGUAGCAGGGGUAGGGGUAUCCCGAGCGUCUGGAUGA